UUGUGUCACUUCAACUGCGUGUGUGUGUUCAAGUGUUCUCUUCAACUACCACUACACAAGGGGAGCAGUGUGUGGCCAUCCCUUAGUGUAUGGUGGUGAUAGAACGUCUACCAACCUCAUCAUGGUCCUCGCUCUACUGCCCCUGCUCUUCUCAGUGGUCCUGGCGGAAGACCCCUUUUACGGCGAGUUGGCCGCUCAGUUCCCGGUGACGCUGGACCCCGAUGGCAGUGACCAGUACCUGUUCUUCAUCGUGCCGAUCCAGAAGAGCGACGACAUGAACGUGGUCGUGCAGGUGGCGCAGGUCCAAGAGGGGUCGUACCUCCGCAACGACUCGAGGGCUGCCAUAACCGCGGAAGCAGAGAAUGGCGACGUCAAUGUGUCUUCGAUCGCCAGUCCCGACUUGUCCCUGGAUGAUGUGUUUCGCACUGGGAAGGACGACAUCCAGCCAGAGUUCAAUUUCCAGGUCCCGGUGGUCGUCCCCCUGAACUUCCCUUUCCGGUACGACCCUGGGGAUGGGUCGCCACAGCUGCCCAACUGCGCCGUCGACUCGCGCACUUGGAUGGAAAAUGUCAUUUCCAAAAUCACGACCACAAUGAAUCUGGAUUGCACUCCUGAGUGGGACCAUAGUGACCUUACCUUAAGGAUUCGUCUGCUGAAGGACAACUUGGCGGCGACGUCCGUGGAGGACCUCUCGACCUCCAGCCUCCUUACAGAGUACAUGGCGAAGGUCGUGUCCUGCAACGCUCUCGCGGGAGUUAGGACUUCGGCCAUCCUGCAAAAUAUUGACAGUCUCACGGCUAACUACGGCGGUAUUGUGUCCGAGGCCCUUGACACCUAUCGUCUCCUGAAGCAGUCCCUGGCGGUAGCUAGCGUCGCUGCAGACUCGCUUCCCUCGGGUUCUGCUGUAGAUGUCGCUAUUAGUCAGAUAAACAUGUUGAGCUCUUCGGUAAACACGACGCUGACUCAGCUCGAUGCCGCUUACGAUUUAGUGAGAGAACUGCAAAGCAAGGAAGAGAACUGAAUGAUUUCCAUUAUUAAUGAUCAUUCUAUCAUUGGUUUUAUUUGGAAUUGUUUACCUUUUCUUUCUGUUAACGUAAUUGCAUCUUCUGUUAACAAUGGCAUAUGAAGAUAAUGUUUUUUUUUUUUUUUUGUAUAAAUGCUAUCAUGAUUAUGAAUUGGUCAGUAUUUGCACGAGAGAAUAAAGCCUUGCAAUUGAAAGAU